AUGAGUGCUACUUUGGGAUUUCCUUUGGAGUUUGGAAGUGAGGAAAAGAAGGCCAGAGAAAUUGGUCCCAUUAUAGAAAAACGUGUCGAUACCUAUUUUUCAGAGUACACCACGAAGGAGUUCGACUUUGCUGACUUCUACCGGGCAGUAUGUGAAACUGUCGAGGAAAUCAACAAAAAGAUCGGUUCCACACAAUUUCGCAUUCCAACUGCUAGCACACUACAGAAGGCCUACAAUACUCACCACAAAGGCAAAGAUAAUCCCUUGACAAAGGAUGAGUUUGAAACAAUCCUCCGAGAAGUGAUUAUUGGUACAGGAUUUACGGGCAUCGGAGCAAAGGAUACACUUCUCUACAUAUUUGGUGUGCCAGUAACUGCAUUGUUCAUCAAGCAACAAAUAAUGCCACGUGUAAUUCCUAACGAAAUUUUCAUCCCAGGAGUCACUUCUGCCACUGUCUUCGUUCUUGCCAAACUUAACAAGAUAUGAGUCAAAGAUAUAUAUGUAAUUGAAUUGUAUUAUGUUACUUACCAAUGCACCAUGAUUGGUUAAAAUAAAAUGCCUCACGGAGCACCAACUUCAGUGAAAAUUAGGC